GAUAUCAUUUCUUGUUUCAAUGUGAGUAUCUUGCGACUUGAUGAACGAUGCGACGAGUGGCUACCAGUGAAGAACCGAACAAACAUCGCAAAGACUCGACUUCACUCAAUCCGUCCAUCAGCUCAUGAAUAAUCUUCAUCCGCUCACCCAGUCUUGUCUUGGCACAUCCUGAAAUGGCGAUAACGGACCCAGCACCGCUUUCGACCUCCCUCUUUGAGCUUCCUCUCCCGAGACUGGAUUGUCGACGAGCACAUUAAGAACCCUUGCUCGCACGAGAUGCGGGGCAAUUGAUACGCAACGCUGGGGACUGCGCAAUGUGCACAGAGAAGUAUUCGGUGAGUUAUCGCGAUGGUUUAAAAGCCAGGAUGCUCGCAAUGCCAGUCACUAUGCCCAUCGCGAUGCGCUCAUCAGUUACAAUCAGUUUGUGAAGGCCAAGGUGAAGAUCUUCGCAAAGCAACGAUGCGCUGUCUUUGGAUCUUAUCCACCCUUGCCUUAAUGGGCAAAGCCACCGCUCAAGAUACCACCGAUGAGGACUCUCGUGAGAUUGAAGCAAACCGCUUCAUCAUCGAAUUUGCCAGCGGCACCCAUACGAAAGCCAAACGUGACGAACUCUCCUCCUCCACAGGAAUCCGCGUCCUCAAAACCUACGACUCAUCAAUCUUCUCCGGCGCAAGUCUAGAAACAAACAACCACACUCUCGAAUCCCUCCUCGUCCUCCCGGAUAUCGUAGCUGUCUGGCCGAAUACAAAAGCAACUCUCAUCGCCCCCGUCAAGCGCCAAGUCGCAGCCGACCCGAGCGCGGCAUCAGCGCACGCAGUUCACUGGGCCACAGGCGUCGAUAAACUCCACGAACAAGGUAUCCGCGGCCAGGGCGUCAAGGUCGGCAUCGUCGAUACGGGUGUAUGGUAUAAGCACGCCGCCCUCGGCGCGGGGUUCGGCCCCGGGUUCAAGGUUGCUGGCGGCUGGGACCUCGUCGGGGACGAAUGGGUUGUCGGCGCGGAGAAGCAGCCUGACUCCGAUCCGGCUGAUGGGCAAGGGCACGGGACGCAUGUUGCUGGUAUCCUCGCUGGGGAGGAUGUUUCCUCGGGGUGGGUUGGCGUUGCGCCUGACGCGAGUUUGUACUCAUACAAGGUCUUUGGGCCGGGGGAUGGAACGGAUCAGGCGACCAUCAUUGACGCGUUUCUCCGCGCGUACAAUGAUGGUAUGGACGUUAUUACCGCUAGCAUCGGCGGCCGAGGGGGGUUCGCCAACAACGCGUGGGCCGUUGUCGCGAGCCGGAUUGCUGCUGAGGGCGUAGUCGUCACCAUUGGCGCAGGGAACUCGGGGAACGGAGGGGCAUACUACGCCAGCACGGGCAGUUCAGGCGAAUACGUGCUUAGUGUCGCGAGCGCGGAGGUGAAGCGUGACGAGGCGACGGGAGAAGAUGUCCUGCGUCCGUCGUACUUUACGAGUUGGGGCGGGUUGUAUGAUUUGUCUGUCAAGCCUGAUGUUGCUGCGCCUGGGACGGAUGUGUUUAGUACGUGGCCUGGUGGGGAUGACAACGAGUUUGUGUUGUUGUCUGGGACGAGUAUGGCUACGCCGUAUGUUGCUGGUGUUGCGGCGCUGUAUAUCUCCAGGCAUGGUGGGAGAGGUGUUCAUGGGAAGAGGUUUGCGAGGGAGCUGAGUAUGAGGAUCAUCUCGACGGGGGCAUCGUUGCCUUGGUUAUUGUACAGUGGUGAGGCGGAUGAGACGUACAGGGCGCCGUCGCAGCAAGUUGGCGGCGGGCUUGUUGAUGCUGGCAAGGUUGUUGGGUAUCGAACGAGCUUGGAGCUGGUGAGGUUCGGGUUGAAUGACACUGCCGAUUUCCGUGCAGAUCAAGGAGUUAUGGUUCGGAAUGGAGGUAACCAAAUGGUGAGUUAUAGCUUCGAGGUUGAGAGUUGGGCUGGGGUUGAGAUGCUCAAGGCGUUUGAUGGACGGGAUCCGGGAGAGACGCCGAGAAUUAGGUACAGGGCGGAGAUUGUGCCCAGUAAUAUCUCGGCGAGGGCGUCGAUACCGAACGACUUUGUGCUGGGUCCCGGAGAGGAGAGGAGGGCAGAAUUUGUCUUUGAGGUACCCGAGGGUGUCACCCAAACAGCGCUCCCAGUCUAUGGAGGCCGCCUCCUCGUCAAGGGCAGCAACGAGGAGACUGUCGGCAUUCCAUACCAGGGACUUGCUUUCGACUUGCAGAGGCAGAUGAAGAGUCCCUUCCAUGGGACCUACCCGUGGUUAAGGUCGACGAGCGCGUACAGCAACAAGACAACCUUCAGUUUCGAACUCGCCAGUGGUAGCCAGGACUUCCCCAUGAUGUUUAUGAAGGUCAAAUGGGGAACAAGAGAGGUUCGGUGGGAUAUCUACGAAUCCGACUAUGACGAGGCCCGAGACUGGAAGUACCCUCCCGAGUCUGGAACACAAGGCUACAUUGGCUCGGCCACGUCCUGGGCCUCUGCUGGUAAGACAUCGAGCUUCAACCCCGCUCGUCACAACGCCAGCGACAUAUUCUCAUUCCCAGAGACUGAUGUGGCGAGGAAUGCGUUAACGACGGGUGGGUUCACGACGACGUACUACUGGUUCGGCAAGUUGAGUGACGGGAGUGUCAUGACACCGGGGAACUACACCAUGAGGUUUGCGGUUCUUCUACCCUUUGCUGACCCUCAGAAAAGUGAGAGCUGGAAGGGUCUGACGACCAAGUUCACGGUGUUGCCGAAAACCGGGAACAGCACGAUCAGCGGAAGGUGGUACUGAUGGAAGCUAGACGUUCUCUGUAAGAAGUUUGUAAGUAACUUAGGUAAAUAAGUUGGAGCCCCUGUAGAUGCAGC